AUGCAUACCAUUUUUCGCAUUGGUAAUAUGAUACAGAGCAACGAUGAUAAUCGUUUAUGGCAGGUAGAUUUAAUACAGACCAAUGAUAACGAUCAACAGUUAAAUGCUCUUACUGAACGGAUACGUAAUGAGAUCAAAGGACCGACCGAAUGGGAUAGAUUGGCUAAAUUGCUAAUCAAACUUGGCCAGUUUGAUAAGGCUGAUGAAUUAUACGAAGUUCUGAUCGAUCAAACAUACAAUGAUCGUGAGAAAACACAUUUCUAUCAUCAACUUGGAUGGAGCAAGAAAAAGCAACGAAAAUAUGCGGAGGCACUUGAAUAUUAUCAAAAAGCGCUUGAAAUCAAACAAAGAGUUAUGUGCCCAGAUCAUCCUUCAUUUGCUGUUUCCUUUAAUGACAUCGGCUCUAUAUAUGAAAACAUGAAUGAGCACAUACAAGCACUUUUGUAUUACGAAAAAGGGCUUGAUGUUCAACAAGAAAUACUUCCUCCUAAUUAUCAUGGCUUGACAUCUUCUUGCAGUAAAAUUGGAUCUGUUUACGAAAAAAUGGGCGACUACGCAACAGCACUUUUAUUUCAUGAAAAAGCAGUUGAAAUUCAUAAAAAAACACUUCCUGUAGAUAAACUCAACUUGGCUUUUUCUUACAAUAAUAUCGGUUCUGUGUACGAAAAGAUGGGUGAAUAUAUGAAAGCACUUUCAUCUCACGAAAAAGCACUUGAAAUUAAAAAAGAAACACUUCCUCCGAAUCAUCCUGAUUUGGCUCAAUCGCAUAGCAAUAUUGGUUUCGUUUAUAAUAAGAUGUGUCAGUACUCAAAAGCUCGUCAAUUUCAUCAGUAUGCUGUUGAUAUUGGACAACGUUCGCUACCAACCAAUCACCCUCGUCUUCAACAAUGGAAAAAAAACCUCGGAUAUGUCGCACGAAAAUGUAACUGA